CACCGCGAAAACCCCUCGAGCCUUCCCGGAGAAGCCCGGCACCACACCCGCGGCGGAAAAUCUCGAUGAGCCUCCACAGAUAUCACAUCUUAAGACAGAAGUUUACUUUAUCUUGCGUAAUCGUGCCGUAAUCGUGCUAGAUCCCCGGUGCGCGGUGUUUGGAGCCACCUCUGAGGUGGUACAGUCCCGUUACGCGCAGUCGGUGCGUCCCGUUCACUGCCGCAGAUAGCGGACAACCAGAGUGACCAACAUGCUGGCAAAGUGCACUUUACCAUAAAACGGACUCUACAAUGGACUUAUACCGAGUGGCUCUUUCACUGGCAGCCUUGGUGUGCGUGUGCGAUGGCGUGCACGUCACAGUGCGGGAGAAGCAGCGGUUUGCGAUGCUCUUCCAGUCCGUGGUCCUCCCUUGUCAGUACCAAACGGCCUCCAUCCAGAACCCGGUGGUGCAGUGGUGGUACAAGUCCUACUGCCGAGACCGCACACGAGAGUCCUUCACCCUGCCCGAGAGUCUGGGCGUCCAAGCGUCCGAGCUGGGCCCAGCGUCCCACCUGGAGUGCUCCGACAACGGCCGCACAGUUCGGGUCGUGGCCUCGGCGCAGGGAGCCUCCAUGACGCUGGCCGAGCACUACAAAGGACGAGACAUCGCCAUCGUCAACAAAGCAGACCUGCGUAUCGGGGAGCUGCAGUGGGGGGACAGUGGAGUUUACUUCUGCAAAGUCAUCAUUGCUGAUGAUCUGGAGGGAAAGAACGAGGCCCAGCUGGAGUUACUGGUGCUCGGCAGGACAGGUCAGAAGGACGAUAUCCUACCUGAGUUUGAUGUGGAGAUUAUGCCAGAGUGGGUGUUUGUGGGAUCUGUGGUCCUGGGCAGCAUCUUGUUCCUGUUGUUGUUGGGGAUCUGCUGGUGCCAGUGUUGUCCCCACUCCUGCUGCUGCUACGUCAGCUGCUGCUGCUGUCCCGACACCUGCUGCUGUCCGCGACACCUAUACGAGGCAGGCAAGAUGGCUAAGAGUGGUCUGCCUGCUCAGGUUCCUGUGUAUCCCUACUACAUUCCCGGGCCUCCUACCGGUGUUCCUCUUGCCCCUUCAUCUCAUGCGGAGACAAAGGUCGCCUCUAUCCCUUCGAUGGAGAAUAACCUGGCCGGAGCCCGCAUUGGUUAUCGACUGAAAGCCAGUCCAGACCAGGACUCAAUGAAAGUUCUGUAUUACCUUGAGAAGGAGCUUGCUCAGUUUCCCUCUACGGAGACGGAUGCAUAUAAACCCAGUAGCUUCUCAGAGCUGAGCUCCCUACACGAUGGAGGGAACACAGACUUCAGGCACACCUAUCAGACGGUGCAGAUGAAGGCGCUCCCGCCCAUCGCGGACCUGGACGAUCAGUCGGUGCUGAGAGCAGCUCACCAUACACAGAGCCGCAGGCCCAGACGGAUCAGAGGCAACUACUCAGACGAUGAGCUCGACAGAAGGUGGAACCCGAACUCAGAGCACCUGCAGAGGAAGACGUUGGGCAGAAGAGGGCGCACCGGCUCCCUGGACGAGCUGGAGGAUUUCGCCCUGUCUUACGGCUCACGAGGUCGUCACGCUCCGCCUCCGUGCCGGGGCUACGAGCGGGACGACAGCCCUCCGAGGCGCUUCUGCAGGGACGAGGAUGACGGCUGGGUCCGCCGCAGCCCCUCCCCUUUGCCACAGAAGAGGAGGGACACGUGGGACAGUGAUCGUCCCUGUCGACCCCCGCAAGGCAAGGGAUACGAUGGCGCCUUCCUCAGCAGCGUGCUGGACAGAAAGACCAGGGGGCGGGGAAGGGACAGAGGGGCUUGCAGACCGGACGAGGACAGUGACACUCCCUCGAAAGGCAGCUCCAGAGGGAAGGCCAGCGAUAGUUACUACAGCCGGUCGCCCAGCAACCGUCCGGAGGAGGAGGACCCUCUGCCUCCGUACUCUGAGCGGGAGGCGGAGCGGCACCGCAGGGCGGACCCGACCAUAGACCGGCACCGCGCUGUAGAGCCCCACAGAUCAGAGCCGUACGCGACCGCUGACCCCGCCAUGAGGCCCUUCUGUUACACCCGCCCCCACCAGGGCGCGUCCCAUACACUGCAACAGGGGGGCCGAGAGGAGAGGGACAGGAGCCGAAACCUGAGCACUGCACUGAGCAGGGACUCUCUCAUAGUGUGACGAGCGCUGCCGGUCCGUGGAGUCCAGCUCGUCUGCAUGAGAAUAACUGCACCACAAAGACAGCAGUAGCGGAUCGAAUGUGAUGAAAAACAUAUGUGCGCUUUGUACAAUACGCUUUUGCUCGUGUGCAUGAAUUAUGUCUGGGUAUUUCUUUUUGUGUAGUUGACAGAUGAGUAUGUGUUUCUUUGAUUGAGUGCCAAGGUGUUUUUAUAUUUUCUAUUAUUUGCCAAUUCUGUUUAUCUGCAGUAUACCAGUCUUAUGUUUUCCUACACACUUCACACUUCUCACUCACUUAGUACAUUGCAACUCAGGUUCACUUUGUAUUUGUGUGUUUGUCUGUUGUUUAUAUUGUACUGUAUGAAAGUACUGUAUGGAAUGCCGUUUUAGUCAAAAUUAAAUAAAUGAAUAAAUACACGGUAAUGCAUAAUGACACUGCAUUUCAUGAUAAAUAAAUGAAUAAAUACUCGGUAAUGCAUAAUGACACUGCAUUUCAUAAUAAAUAAAUGAAUAAAUACACGGUAAUGCAAAAUAACACUGCAUUUUAUAAUAAAUAAAUGUAUAAAUACACGGUAAUGCAUAAUGACACGGUAAUACAUAAUGACACAGUAUUUCAUUUCACGUUCUUAUAUGCAAAUCAGGGGGCGUGGCUAUCUAUCACAUUCAGAACAGACAACAGAGCCUCAGCCGACACUUGAAUUUCCGUGCACGUUUAUGCUGACAUUUACGGUAUUGAGCAAGUAACCAGACCAAACUUUGAGAAAUGGUACCGUAAAUGUCAGCAUAAACGUGCACUAAAAUUCAAGUGUCGGCUGAGUUGACCGCAGUCUAGAGCUGCCGAUGUGGGAACCGCAAGCCCUAGUAUUUCCAAAAAACGAUCGAUUUGAUCCGCUAAUGCUAGCAUGCUAUCUCGGAGCCCACCGAUGUCUUCCAUUAUGUCAACACUCUCACGUCCCUUAGCCCAGGGGUUCUCAACUUGUCUGGCUCCGGGACCCACCUUUACCCCUUAAUGACAAGCGGCGACCCAAUUCGAUCAGGGGGGGGGGGGGGGUGCUUCCGCGUUCGCUAGCGGUGUCGACGGCACACGGCUCUGUCGUCUGUUCUGAAUGUGAUAGAUAGCCACGCCCCCUGAUUUGCAUAUAAGAACGUGAAAUGAAAUACUGUGUCAUUAUGUAUUACCGUGUCAUUAUGCAUUACCGUGUAUUUAUUCAUUUAUUUAUUAUGAAAUGCAGUGUCAUUAUGCAUUACCGUGUAUUUAUUCAUUUAUUUAUUAUGAAAUGCAGUGUCAUUAUGCAUUACCGUGUAUUUAUUCAUUUAUUUAAUUUUGACUAAAACGGCAUUCCAUAGUACUGUACCUUGAAUUUGAUCUGCAGAUUUUUUUUGCACUGCUUAAAUACUUUUUCAAUAAAGAAAACUUUA